AUGUCCGCCAGAUUUGGAAUUCCCGGGGCCCAAGCACCAGCAAAGAAGCAAUCUAAGCUCGAGCAGUUCAGACAAACUCCUGCGUACCCUAUUUUGGUCAACGUGAGCCUGUUUAUCGCGGGCGUUGCUUUCAUCCAGUCGCCAUUGAUGGACAUGAUGGCACCUCAAUUGUAA